AUGGCGACAGAAAAGAUGGUCGCUGAAUAUGCGAAGUCAGGCCGUUCCUCGUGCAAGGGGUGUGGGAAGAAUAUCCCCGUAAGAACUCUGAGGCUCGGGUUGACCAGCAAGGAUCCUCGCGGAUUCGAGAUGGUCAAGUGGCAUCACUUGGAUUGCUUACCGACUCCCCGAUCGUUCGCUGCUGUGGAGGAGAUCAAGGGUUAUUAUUCAUUAAAGGUGAAGGCCUCGGGGACACGAAGCUCGAUUCGGUUCGCUGACCAGAUGUGUUUCUCACUUUCCAUUGUUUUCCUGUAUCCGUUCGAUGUUCAAUUGGAGCCGGUCAGAGUACCGAUCGGGAAGCGUUGAAGAAUUUCGAGACCAUGGCAGCUGCAAAGCAUUCCGUCGAUGUGGUAACUUUAUUUUAACGUAGUCUAAGCUGCUGUUUCGUUUAGGGCUAUGAUGUUCUUGUUUAUUCAAAGUUUUGGUCAACCACCUUAUGGCGGAAAAGUAGGUUAAGUGAAUUUAGUCGUGCCCCAGUUUCCUUAUCGUCUUGUUCAUUCAAUGUUUUGGUCAACCACAUUAUAGCGGAAAAGCACUUAAAGUGAAUUUAGGCAUACCCGAGUUUCCUUGUCGUCUUGUUCAUUCAGAGUUUUGGUCAACCACAUUAUAGCGGAAAAGUAGGUUAAGUGAAUCUAGGCAUACCCGAGUCUCCUUGUCGCUGACUUUCAAACAUAUAUCUCUUUUUUGUAGGACAACAGUUCAGAGAAAGAUGAGAGCAAGGAAAGCAAGAAAAGAGAUCUGAAAGUGGGAUUGAUGUGUAGAUAAAGCAUGAGUUCCGUCAUUAAUUCCAUGCUUGUUAUGAUAGGUAUUUUUAUCUUUCCAGAAAAUUACGGCUGGUGCUGAGACUGAAGAAGAUGAGGAAAUGAUUAUGAAGAAAUCGAAGGUAUACAAUUACUAGUUUGAUGUGUGAGUUCUAUUCGUUUACAUUUGGGAAGAUGCCCAUUAUAGCAAAUUUGUUGACGCAAAAGAACAAGCAUCUUUUCGUUAGUUCUGCCGUCAUGAGACUUCAUACAUCAACCACAGCACAAAAAGCAUAGUCCGAACAGCAGGUCUAAUAAUUAUGUAAGGAAGGGGUAAGAAAAAUCAUUUUUUUUUUGGGCCCCUAUCUGCCCAAUUUUUGGGCUGUUUCGAACUCAUACGUUCAUACUUAUGAAAGACUUGGUAGAGGACUGGAUUCUCUGUCAUUUAUUUAUUUUCCCUAGAGACGUGGUUGGUUAUUUCCCAUCAUAAUUACCUUUCCCCAUAAAAGCGUGAUGUAUAAUUCGACGUGACUUGUGUGACUUUAAAAAUGUCUCAUCUGCUGCCCCUUCAUGAAGCACGGAGAUGGCGAAAAAGAAGGAGAGGAGAUGGUCUUUUCUAUUACUGAUAUAAAGACCGAGUACAAGGUGCAUCAAACUCUUCUGCCAUUCAUUUUGUCAUCUUCAAACUUUAUAAACCAUGUUUCAAAUUCGAUCAAUGCUUGAAACUUGGCAGCAAUACAUGUGCCCUUGUCUUGCUUGCUUUUCUUUCUAUAGUGCCUUUUUUUCAUCCUUUAGAAUUUUUAAAACUUUUCACUUAUUUCAAUUGUUUGCAAUUUCUUGUUUCAGGAUGCUUCUCUCCCCCCAGAAUGGAAGGCCUUCCAAACAGUUAUUUUUCGUGAGGCGGUAAUAUUAUUUCUCCAGUUACUUUCCGCUAGAAUUUAAGAUGUAUAAGAAAAGCAAAAGAUACUUGAUUGUAAUGUAACCUCUACAAGAAUUAGAAGCGCAGGCUGAUAGAAAUCUGUGGUAAAAUGCCCUCAUUAUGUGUAUGAAAACUUUAUUGAGGGAAUUUAUCAAGGGAUACCUCUUGUCCUUUUGCGUACGAAGAAGGGUCUAUUUUUCUGUCUUUAUUUAUUUCAUUUGCAUGAUUGUGUGUAUGCUAUAUAGAUUGUCGAGAAAUGAAUAAAGCGUUAUUUUGUACUUCUUGGUUUUAUUAUUUACUAUCAGAUAUAAAAAACGCCUGAUGAACUUUAAAUCUUACUAUCAUGUUCAAAUUUUAUCAUAGCCUUAUGUAUUGAAACCUGAUGCUUAAAGUAAUUCUAUCGAAUAUUUAAAAUAGACAUAAAAAGGUUCAUGAUUUUGUCCCUUAAUUAUGACAUUGAUAUCAAUCUCUAUUGAUUAUUGUUAGGCGGAUAAAAUGUACCUAAAAAAUGUGAAUGUAACUCUAAAGACUAUACCAAAAGUGUGCAUUGUUUUUUCCUUUCUCAAGUACAGCGAAUAUAUUUUUUCCACAACGUGUUUCUUCCUAUUCUAUGCAUGUGAUGUAUCUUUUAAUUUUCGAUGUUCCGUUCAUAAUUUCUCAAGCAAUUGGUCUGUUCCUCAUGGUAGCACUCGAUUGCAGUUGUCUCAUGUCCAUUGGUCGAUUUGACUGGAUUUCUCAAUAAACUGUCAGGAACUCAAAUGAAAAUCAAAGGAUAAAUAUUUCAGUUUUGGAAUGUGUUUGUCAGAUUAUUUGAUUUACUCAUAUAUCAUUUUGCCUAGUUUCUGUAUGCUUUUUUAGGGUGAUGGCCUCCGUGAUUCAGAAAAGAUUGCUGCUUUUGAUUUUGAUGGGUGCCUUGUGAGAACAUCGUUGAAAAGGUAAAGGUUAUUGCUUAUAUCACAUAUCUGUGCCAAAACCAUGUGUGCAUGGAGAAGCGUGUUGAAUUUCGUUAUAAUAAGUUUCUUGAAUUUCAUUAUUCAUAUCCGUGACUUGGAUCUUUCUUUGGGUAAUGCACAUCACCAUCUCGUUCAUCAGUGCACAUGAUUGAGUCUUAAAGAGAUGGAUAAAGCAUAGUAAAGUUCUCAGCAAACACGAGGCUCUUAUUUCAAGCUUAACUCAACCACAUGACAUUAGUCAAGUGGCUGCUCCAGGGUAAGAUGAUUGCCACAUGACCACAUGACCAGACUUGAUUCAUGGUCAUAUGCAGUGCCAUUCCCAUCCAGGGCUCUUGUUAAAAUCAUGUGUUUCAUUCUUAGUUCGGAUGUCUUAAGUGCCAAUUAUGCCGCAUCAUUGCUCGAGAAUGGUUUGGGUUAUGUCUGCUUUAGCUCUGUCUUUUGGAUUGUCUAGCUCUGUAUUUGUGUAUUUCUUUAUAUUAUAUUUCAUUUAUUUUCAAUAUUUCUGUCAUAUGGUAAUCUGAAUUCCCCGUCUUAACGAAACAAUUGAUUAUUUUGAUACAGAAAAAUAAUUUAGUCUCCUAACAAUACUUUUCUGUGGAAGCCUUUAGCUCAUUUUGUUGAACAAAAAAUUAACGUAGACAUUGAACGGAAAAAAUUGCCUAAAAUUAUUUAUUUCAUGUACAGAAUUGGUCCAAACGAAUGGUCGCUUCUAUACCCUUCAAUUCCAGAGAAGCUGCGAAAUCUUUUUAACGAUGGCUAUAAACUGGUUUGCCUCCUAUUGCUUCCCACAUAUAUAUGUAAUGCUGUCUUAUGUCAGAUGCUUGAUCUCUCCAUUGUCUGUUUAACGUUUCAUUUUCUGUUAUUUUUCACUUGUUGUGCUUUUUGCUUUUCAGCUUCUUACCUGAGUUUUUUAAUUUUUUUCCUCUAAGGAGGAUAAAUAUCCCACCGUUUAAUGGCACCUGACAAUCUUAACUUAUGCGAUAUAUGUUGUAGUUUACUCGGUAUUGAUUCUGGUUUUUCUUUUGAGGUGAUAUUCACGAAUGAAUCUAACAUAGAGCGCUGGAAGAAUAAGAGACAGUUGGCCGUUGACUCUAAAAUUGGAAGGCUUGAAAAUUUUAUGAAGCGUGUUGAAGUUCCAAUGCAGGUGACUGUAGAACCUAAACAAUGCUGUUCCUUUUGCUAUCCCAUGUUGUGAAGCACGUACGAGGCAACAAUGAAAUGAUUCUUUCUCAGGGGGAAAAAGUUUACUCUGCAUAUAUUUUCUUAUCACACGAGUCAAAUGCUCGCCAUUUUAUUAACCGGGUUUUAUCAAUUGAUGUGGCUCAAGAGCACAAGUUUCUGGAUAGAAAUGAACGGCGAAAAUCUACUUCGUCUUUGUUUUGAUACAGAUUUUUAUAGCUUGUGGACUCGGGAAAGGCAAGGAUCAACCACAGGAUCCUUUUCGCAAGCCCAACCCUGGACUGUGGAGGUUGCUGGAGAAACACUUCAACUCCAAGAUUGCAGUCGACAUGGACAAGUUUGUUUCUUCUUCUUUGCCAUUUUUUCUGGAAUUAAGUUUCUUCUGGUAGGAACUUACUGAUAGCCACCAAGACCAUUUUUCCUUAGUGCUUGUGUCCUUGAGGGUCCUCUUAUGUGCCGGACGACCAACGUAUGCUUAAAGUGGUAGGGAAAAAGUCAAAGAGAUGCGAGGAUAGAUGUCACUGCUUUUAUUGUCGUUGCUGUCAAAUGUUUUGAGAUCAUCCAUAUACUAUGGUUUUUCCUUAUUCUUCCUAAAUCAUAGUAUGCCUAAGGUUGAUCUUUCGUUCUCCGGUGGAGAAAAUUAGCCGUAAAUGCUUCCCUCACAUACACCUGUAGACCUUUUCUGAAUAGCACUCUAGAUUAUCAUAUUACAUGUCAUAAAAUAGGACUCAAAAUAUUAUUCCUGCAUAUGGUUUUACGUGUGUCAUUGCCGAUUACUCGUUGUUUCUUGUGUUCUACUUCAACCUUUUCUUGUUGUGCCAGUUCGAUCUUCCCAUGAUACGACUCAGAUUAAUCAGCCACCCCAACCUACCUCAACUUGGCCGCAGGUCAUUUUAUGUCGGGGAUGCGGCCGGGAGAGGCGGUGAUCACAGCGACGCAGACAUCGAAUUUGCCAAGGUACGGAUGAUGUUCUCUGGACCCUUGUUUACUGGGUCGUUCCCAACGUGAAUAUAUUUCUAAGGAAAUAUGAGACGCUCGGGCAGAUAAUCUGAAAAGAAAAGAAAAAAACCGGAUUCGUCUGGGCCGUCUCGGACCAUCUAGCAUUUGAUAUUUUAUUAUGUUAAUCAGUUCCUGCACCAACGCCACUGUUGUUAAGCUUGUAUUAAUCUCAGGCUGUGGGGCUGAGAUUCUAUGUUCCCGAGGAAUUCUUCGACACCUGA